AUGAGCUGCGCAACGAGCACUAUAAAGUACUCGUUUUUCUUCUUUAAUGCAAUAUGGCUGAUGUUUGGAAUCCUUGUGAUCGUUUUCGGAGGCAGUAGCUUCGAGAAGAUGGGGAAUGUGUUUGCUAUUUGCGGUCUACUCUUGGGUGUCUAUAUACUUUUGACAUCCCUUUUUGGCUGCUAUGGAGCCGUUCGCAAAUCACCGCGCAUGCUCUGGAUGUACGUGUCGUUUCUGCUGGCGUUGCUGGUAGUACAUGUGACCGUCAAUGCCAAAGAUGCGAUCAAGAAGGCCGGUAUCCAAACCGUCGAGGAUCAAUGGAAACUGGAGGAGACUCAUCCGGGUACCAUGGAUGGAAUUCAGACAUCUUACCAAUGCUGUGGCCUAGAUGGUGCCGCGGACUACCUGAAUAGCGAAGUCUGGAACCACACUGUACCCAACAGUUGUUGCAAGAAUAAUAGCUGUGUGAAUCCCCAGAAUCUCAAUAGAGAGGGAUGUCUCAAGAAAGUGGAACUUUCGGAAGUAGGAAUGUGGGGACUGCUCGGAUUCAAUGGUGUCAUCAAUGUGUUGGGCGCAAUUUUGGCCCUUCACUACACGAAAAGCUUAAACAAGAAAAGAAAGCUUACUUCGGGCGGAGCCGAAGUGGAUAUACCAUUGCAGAAGAUUACAAUCUUGGUGUAA